UGGUUUAUUAGAAGUAAGAAAAGAAGAGAAAUGUGGACAAAUGGAGGCCCACACGUAUUAAUUAGCACAAGAGCCGACAGAGCGUGUUGGACACUGAAGCUUCUCCUGCUGGCUUUGAGUGAUGGUGCAUCGAUGUGGUGUCGGAAUAAUCAUAAUCUUUCAAAAUCACGUAUUGUAUAGGCCUAUAUAUAUUUUGCAAACAUGUCAUUUGUAAUAUGGUUAUAACGGUUAGUUUGCUGUCCAUGUAGAGUGAACUAGAUGUCUGCGGGUUGUUUAUAUACUCUGAUUAUGUUUAUCCAACACAUCUUUGUAGCAGCGUCCAUGUUGAUUCCACAUUCAGACUUAAGAGCACAUGAACGCACACUGAAGUCAGAAGAACGACUUCACUACUCGAGGAGCACGUGAACGCGCCGUGAACCACUGGUUGCGAUUUGCAAUCCUCACCACUAGAUGCCACUAAAAUGUACACACUGAACCUUUAAAUGUUACAUUUGAGCCAUAAAGUAAGUCUCUUUUUGGUUUGCACACAGGACUUAAACAGAUGUCUCCUGGGUGAAAGUCCAUCCUUCCACCCCAUCCACAGGGUAAUGAGGCAACAUUUUGCAGAUAAAUUUACGGUGAUCUUUUGAAUACAGGAUGUCUGUGAAGGUUCUGUCAUCCAGGUCAUAGUUAGCCAAAGACGCUCAAAGUCAAGGGCAACUGGACUUGGUUGAAGACACUAGAAGAUGUUUCGUCCCUCAUCCAAGAAACUUCUUCAGUUCUGAAAUGACCAGUAGGAAAACUCAGUCUCUGUGGGACCGUUUGCCAGGAUCAUCGAUCCUGCUGGUUUGUUAGUGCUCCUGGCUGUGGUACGACAGUUGUUAUGGUCGUUAGAACCACCCGUGGCCGCGUCUGAACGACCAUCGUUGGCAUCUUCACGUGAGGCCAAGAGGAAAUGCUUGGUCAGUUUCCUUGGAAGUGAUGAAAGGACAGCAUUGUAAGUGGGGGAUAAGUGGUGGCGUAGACCCCCUCCCCUGUUUAGCCACAGCUUCUCAACCGGGGUAUAGAUGGCUUCUUUGACACCUCUUUCAAACCAUCCAUCCUCUCCGUCUAAAAUGUGCACUUGGUGGUCCUCAAACGUCCUCUGUCCUUCAGAUGUAAAUAAACUGCUGACUCUUGACCUGAGGAGUCGGCCAGUCAACUCUGCCAAAUAUUUGGCAUGCUAGAUAUCUGGCAGACGUCAGCGAUGUGUCAGAAAUGCGUCAUUGAGUAGUUCACACACAACGACUGGCGACCGCCAAUCAACCGCUGAUUUACCCCCGAUCAAAGCUCGAGCUCGCCAAGUGGCAAAUCGAGCUAAAAAUCGUGUAGUGUGAACUAGGCUUUAGUUUCCCCAAUAUACAGGUCUGUGCAUUGGACCACAUACACUCCAUUGUUUUUCUUGUUUUUGGGUGUGCGGUCUUUAGGGUGGACCAGGAUCUGUCUCACUGUGUUCUUGGGUUUAAAAACACAGGGAUGUGAAACUCCAGACACUUAUGGGAUCACAAUGUUGUUGCAUUUGACUUUUUCUCCUCAUCCCCUGUAGUGCUGGUCUUCUUCCUUUACAUUGUAGCCUAUUGCUACUUUUACUUAAAGAUACAAUGUGUAAGAUUUGGCCAGAAAUACAUUUUAAAACAUAAAAAAAUUAACUUACAUAAACAAAAUUUAAAGACAUAAUAGCUCUGAUAUCAUGUUGAAGAUGUAUGUAUGUAUAUCUACUGAAGUUAGCAUGCUAACCAGCUGGCCCUGGCCCACCCCAUGUAGUAAUACCACCUGUGCCUUGAGCUGCAAUAGUGAGUCAAGCUUUUAUGAGGUUAUUAUAAUGAUAAACUCUGUGAUUAGAAAAGAAGAGCAGAAAGAGUAGCCUGACUGAGGGGAGGAUGAGGAGGAGAAAGGAGGUGAAAUGCUGCCUCCUAUUUGUUGCCAGUAACGAUGCAUUCAGUUCAGUUUUAUUAAUGUGGCACCAAUUCAAAACAGAAGUUUUCUCAUUGCACAUACUGUACCUGAAGUAAGAAAGUAAAGAAUCUUCGGUAACAAUUUAGUUGCCUAAGUUUUUUUACACCACUGAAGCACAACCACUGUACAUUCAGUCCAAGGAGAUUAAAAUCUUUUAUUCAGUCCAUGAUUAAUGCAUUCUUGAUUUAGGCUACUUAAAACUUUAACAAUCAUCUAAAAAUAAAUUAAAAUAAAUUAAAUAGCAUUUCGAAAAUAUUGGAUUUUGAAAAAUUGUAUCUUUGAUAAUAGUGCUGUGUUGAGGGGUGAAUAGGGACUAAUGAUCCGCGGGCGCACGCACGCACGCACGCACGCACAGGCAGUUGUCAGUUGCCUUGGCCGCUUUACACGGGCGCAGCUUUGUCAAUGGCCGUAUAUCUUGUGAGAGGAUUAAUGCAGCCUAAAGGUGGAGCAAAAAUUGUGAAGGUUUGUGGCGGACGGGAGCCUAAUCCUUUGAGCUCUUGCGGAGACACACGGAAAGAGAGGAGCGAAAAUGUCGAACUUUGCUAUCGGAUUUGGCGCAUUUUGUGAGGAACUGAUGGGCUGAAGAAUAUUCCCCCCACCCCACCCCCCAAUAACGGGACGUGAGCAUAGACGUCCGUGUUGUAGUCAGGACAAUUUAAUGGCAAUAUUUCAUCAGACAGAGCACCCCAGGGAACAGAAAUGGUGCACAAACUUCUGCUUCACAUCGCUUUAGCAGCAAGCCUCAUCUCACCUGAGCUGUCAGGCACCUCUGCCACCAAAACAAAAGCUCAAGUGAAGAACAACUCAGGUGUGACGCCAGCUGGGGAGUGUGGGACCUGGGUUAAGGAGCCUGAAGGAGGGUAUUUCACCUCACCCAACUACCCUGAGAAAUACCCACCUGAGAAGGAAUGUGUCUACAUCAUAGAAGCCUCUCCCCGACAGUGCGUCGACUUAUUCUUUGAUGAGAAGUAUUCCAUAGAGCCAUCCUGGGAGUGUAAGUUUGACCACAUCGAGGUCCGUGAUGGGCCCUUUGGUUUCUCGCCCAUCAUCGGUCGCUACUGUGGGCAGGAAAUCCCAGCAUAUGUCCGCUCCAGUGGGAGAUACCUCUACAUCAAGUUUGUGGCUGAUAGUGAACUGGAGGCCAUUGGUUUCGCUGCCCGGUAUAACUUCACACAAGAUCCUGAGUUCAAAGACCUCGGGGAACUGCCGGCUCUGCCAUUUUGUGAGUUUGAGCUGAGCGGUCCAGAAGGCUUUGUAGAAUCCACACAGAUAGCCGGAGAGGGCCGGGCGCUGCAGACCGAGGCUGUAGACUGCAGGUGGUACAUCAAGGCUCCACCAAGAGCUAGGAUCUACAUGCGUUUUCUAGAAUAUGAGAUGCACAACUCCAAUGAGUGCAAACGUAACUUUGUUGCCAUCUACGACGGCAGCAGUUCGGUCGAGCACCUGAAGAAUAAAUUCUGCUCCACGGUGGCCAACGAUGUCAUGCUGGCGUCCUCUGUAGGCGUGGUGAGACUGUGGGCAGACGAGGGGAGCAGGAAGAGCAGAUUCAAGAUCCUCUUCACAACCUUCCAUGAACCUCCGUGUGAAGGAGACACUUUCUUUUGCCAUAGCAACAUGUGCAUCAACAACACCCUAGUCUGCAACGGUAUCCAGAACUGUGUUUACCCAUGGGACGAGAAUCACUGCAAAGAGAAGAGGAAAGCCAGUAUCCUGGACACGCUGGAUCACACUAACCUCACUAUCAUUGGUGUAACCUGUGGCCUGGUUAUCAUUCUGCUUAUCAUCUCUGUCAUCAUCCAGAUCAAACAGCCUCGCAAGAAAUACAUCAUCCGCAGAGAUGACUUUGACCCUGCCCUCCUCCAUCCUGGUUUUGAGCCUCCUCACUAUGAGCUCUGCACUCUGCGACGCACCCCAUCCGGUGACCUGACUGACGCCGCCCUGGCUGAGGACUUCGAGAAGUUCCACAAGCUCCGCUGCUCCUCCAAAUGCAUCCGCGACCACCACUGCGGUCAGGAGAGCUUGCAUGGCAGCAUCCAUGGUAGCCGCAGCAAUCUGAGCAUGAGGGAUGCUACCAUUGCAGCAGACGGGGGGGUUCUUGCGCCGCCAGCGUUGCCACCAGUGAUGGCGAGCCAGCAGUCUCCACGCCUCUCCCACCACACUACACCAGCAAGUCGAAGGAGCAUUCUGGUGAUGAAGCAUAGCUAUUCUCAGGACGCGGCAGGGGGGUACAGGGCGGAGGAGGAGGAUGAUAUGAUGAUGAAUGAUGGUCCCACCACCAGCCAGCAUCAUAUGCACCACCAUCAGAUCCACCAUGGCAUGCCAGGGCUGGACCACACUGUCCACCGUACACUGUCUAAUGACUUCUAACAUAAGGCAACACUGAUCACCUCAAUUCUUUAUCUCUUGCAGUUUAAAACUAAUUUAUAAAUUAUAUUUCUGUUUAAUUUGUACAAAUGAAUGCUGAUCUCUUGUUAGUGUUUCUUGGUCUUAUACUCGUCACUAAACAGAAGAUUUACAGUACAAACAAUGUGUAAACAACAGGAAUAGAGAGGACUAGAGAUUGUGAAACACAUGAAGGAAUCCAAGUCACGUAUUUGUGAUUUUACAACACAGGGUUGCACAGUGAAUUGCAAGUUGUAGCCAAAUCAUGCUACACACACAAAGAAGAUAUAAACAAAUAUUUACAUUUACAAUAAAUAAAAACAUAUGGGAAUAUGACACUGUACGGUAGUCACAGGGACACUGUCAAGAUUUGACAGGAAUGGAUCAAAGAAGGAUUUAUAUCCACAGAUACUGAGAUAAUUAAAUUCUUAAUGUUUGAACUCUGGGAUAGAAUAUAUUUAUGACUGCAUUAUAUUUGAGAUUAUUUUAUGAAUGAAUAGUUUGUGCAUUGUAGUGAUCCCUACGUGUACUGCAACACCAAAGCAAGCCAAGUGUCACUAUUGUUAGGCUUUUCCUUUUCCUCCAACAAAAAAAGAUUUUUUCCUGGUGAACACUGGUCCAGAACAAAUAGGAAAAGACAUUCAACAAUAUUAGGAAACAUAUUAGUUACACAGGUGAAAUCAGCACACAGAAACAUGCUUCAUGCAAAAUACAGUUUUGCAGAUACCCUGUGGGCUUAAACAACAUUUUUUAUGUUGUGUAAAUGGAUAUAUGACUUAAUUGUUAGUUUUUGUUCUGGAGUAUUUAUUGAUGUUUAUUUGCCAGAUCAGUUUUUAAAUUUGGAUUGCCCCGCUUUUUUCUGGCAGAUUGAUUUCUGUUGAUUAUGUGUCUGUCUCUAUUUAUUUAUUCCAUUAAAUAUCUUCUUUUUCCUUUA